AUGAAAGUGCUUGAAAACAACAGUACGAAAAAGUGUCGUAUUGUUAUGCGCAGAGAGCAGGUGUUGAAGGUGUGCGCAAACCAUCAGCUUUUGCCUGGAAUGACAAUACAAGUAAUGCAGCGCCAAGAAAAAGCUAUGACAUGGUAUUGUGAGGAUUUCUCCGAGGGACAAACAGUUCACGAAAAACUUUCGGCUCGAUUUGCAAGUGUGGAAGUAGCUAAUAAGUUCAAGGAAGUUUUCGAAAAUGCUGUCAAGAAUGCUGGACCAGCAGUUUCUCCUGCGAAGCCAAGUGGGACUGAAAAGAAGGAGGACAAGUCAUGGGAAUGCCCAGAAUGUUACUCCCGUACAGCUGCAGACAAGUGCCCCUGCUGUGGAUUUGCGAAAGGAGGAGAUAAGGCGCCGGCUCCUGCAACUAAGUCAACACUGCCCACCUCAAGCAUUCCUCUCGGCGGAGCACCAACAAGUGAAGGACAGAAGUUUACUUUCGGUUUGAGCGCAGCGGCUGCAGCUAAGGCUUCCCCACCUGUGACGACUCCAUCAUCGUCAUCCAAUACACCAAAAUCGUCGUUAUUCGGAGCCUCUCUGACAGCAGCUUCCUCUGGCUCAACUCCGUCCAGUGGUUUUACAUUCGGAGCGAAACCAUCGAUUUUCGGUGGUUCUUCUCCAAAACCACCUACAGAAGGAAGUUCUGCCUUGCCCACGUUUUCGUUUGCAAAAAAGCCCGAAGCUUCUGCCACUCCAACUUACUACAGCGGCGACGAGCGCUUCAACUCCUGUUACGUUCUCUUUCAAACCAGUGGAAAAGUUUUGAUGACUUCAGCUGGAUCUGCAUCCACGACGCCAGGCAUGGGUGGUUCCUUGUUUGGUAGUAGCAAGCUUUUUGGGGCUUCCAGCACUGCGUCCACUGUAGAGAAGAAGGAAGAGGAAAAGGACGAAAAAGAUGCGACAACACAGCCUAAGAGUGAACAAAAGGUGUUCGGCAGUGGAUUUGGUAGUAACCUUUCAUUUGCUAGUCUUGCAAAAUCAGCUUCGGGAUCUAUCUUCGACUCUGCUCAUACGCAAAAGGCACAGGCAGAAUUUGCUGCUCAGGCAAAAAGCAAGGCUGGUGUCCUUUUGCAUGGAUUAGUUUUGUAUUCUUAA